CGUUCCUCAGGGCACCUGGUUCGGCAUCUCUGGCCAAUCGGUCGGAGCUGGCCCAGUGAGGGCCGAAGCGGAGACUUAACCGGCGGGACGCGUGCGGCGCCGCGGGGCCGCUGCUGGCCGCCGAAGAGCCAGUGACUCCCCCGCCCGCGGCGCCGGCGCAGACGGGAAUGGAACGGGGCGGGAGGGUCCUGGCGCGCCGCGCAGGGGUCUGGAUUGGCUUUCUCGAGGGGGAAGAAUCGGCCUUCCGUGGAGGUCUGCCCUCGAAAUGCUCACUUUCUAAAAAUAUAAAUUGCGUGUGUCCAGCGCCUUGCAAUUUCCGUUUCCCUCCUUUACAACCCUUGCGAUCUUUACAACACUCAGUAGCAGUAGUUAUCUUUUUGCGCCCGGAGUAAGGGGAGGUUGUGAUUGUAUUUUGCUCACACAGACUCAGAGACAGCUGGAAACAAAAGUAAAUAUAUGUAUUUAACAACGAAGAGGAAUUGCAAAUUUGGGGAACGGCAGCAACUCGGGCUUGAGAAUGGGAAAGAUGAGGCUGGUUUGGAGAACCUGAGGUUUUCAGGUCGGAUUCAGAUCGUUCGUGAAAUCCUUGAGGAAUGCGACUAAGCUGCGCCGUGAGCCAGUUAUUUUACACAACUCGAAUUGUGUCAAGGAAAGUUAACAAUACUUUGGGUUUGCAACCACUACAGGGCCCCGGGGCAACCAAGAGGUAAAAGCCUGCCUGAAAAAGUGUGCUUUGUUUAGUUUGUAUUUGCACAUCCGUUAGCCGUGAAGUAAGUACUGUGCUGGGUAGAGUGAGGUGCGGCUGCAUCCCUGCCCCGGUUGAGGCUUACAGCCUGGUUGCGCAGACAGACGUGAAAACGGGCAAAUAGAGAGGAGACGUAAACAAAUAGGGCUUCCUGGAGGGAGUGGUGUCUACACUGCUCUAGAGGACUUCGGAACUGUGCCCAGAGAAGUUGGAAGAACAUCACAGUGAAAUCAAAGCCCCCAGUAGGCGGAGGGAUUAACUGUUGGGAGGACCGUUUAGUCUUACUCUUAAUUGAUCUCUUGGCAGCAUUUGGUACGGUCACCAUCCUUCCUUCUGAAAUUCUUUCUCCCCUUGACUGAGUUUCUCUUCCUCCACCUCUUGCUAAUUUCCUUCUCCUUUGCAGAGCUUUUAUCACCUGCCCCUUUGGUGGCCCUGGGAGUUCCAUCAUGGACCUCUUCUCACUGCACACAUUCUGCCUUGCUGGUUGCACCCUCUUCCGAGGCCUGAAGAACUCUCUAUGUGCCAAUGACCAGAUCUCUGCAGCCCAGAUUUCUCUCUGAGGCUUAGACUCAUGUGCCCCUACCCCUACCGUUUCUCUCAUUUUGGAGUCUGUGCACAUGCUAUUCACUCUGCUUGGAAUGUUCCCUCCCCAACCAUCUCAGCUCAUUUGUCUGCAAGCCCUCCCUGCUGCUGCAGCAAGGAUCUUCCUCUGCAAGCCCUCACUGUUGACAAGCUCCAGGUUCCGGUUAGAUGCCUCUUCCAUAUGCACCCCCCGCCACUGCGUCUUAUCCCUUCUCACCCCACAGUAUGGUCUGCUUCUCUGCCUCUCUCUCCCAGGAAGCUGUGAACUCCUUGGGGUCAGAGACUGUCUCUGCCCCAUCGUGCCCAGCAUCUACUGUAGUGUCUGAUUACCUGGCAUAUAUUAGGUCUUUAAUAAAUCUUAGAUGAGUAAAUAAAAGAAGGAAUGACUAAUAGUGUUCAUUGUUGCUGAGAAGUCAACUAAGAGAAGCACUAAAAAAUACUGGCAUUGGGCCACCAGGAGGUCCUCUAACGCCACAGGAUUCACGUUAGCCGAGGGCGAUCAUAGAGAAAUGCAGUGGAACACCUGGGAGGUGAAAGAGUAGGAACAGCCAGAGCCUUGAAAAGUGUAGCUGUGAGGUGGGAAAUGGGGAGCGGUUAAAUGGAAUAGGGUGAAGUUUUGUGUUUCUGCUAUUUCUAAAUGCGGGACAAUACCCGAACAUGUCUAAAGUGUUGUGGGCAGGAGCUGUCAAGAGAGGGAGGAGUGGAGAAGUACUGGAGAUGGGGUUCUGGUAGCAUGAGCCUCCAGAGAAAGCAGAAGGACACAGGCGUUGACCCCGAGCACAGUGAGACAAGAGGAUGGCAGAGUGUUCUCAGGAAGAGAAGUGGAGGGACUUCCAGGUGGAAGGAUCAACAGGAAGGGGUGGAGAGGAGGAAGGAAUAGUGUACUUAAGGAUUGACCAUUAGAUUCUGGGGUAAAGGAGCUGGCCCAGUACUUCAGUCUGUGUGGGGCCUUAAACGCCCCAGUCACAAACAUGGGCCCAGCCCCAGAGGCAGUGGGGAGCCCAUCCUUGGUGUUUCCCAUCUUAUAGACUGUCGCCUUGGCCAGCAUUCCUCAGAUGGGGAUCACCAGCAACGUCCAGGACGUGAGCAUUAUCAUGGUUCCCCGGGCCUCUGGGAGAUGUGCCGACAGGGCUUGGUUUGACUCCCUGCGUGGCCACUCUCCUGUUCGGAACUGAGGGCAAUGAUAAGUGAUGGCUCCCCUCCUCCUCCCAGAGCCCAGAUGCCCAUCCAGCCUCCAAGCAAAGAGACAGAAGAGAUGGAAGCAGAGGGUGACUCGGCCGCCGAGAUGAAUGGGGAGGAGGAAGAGAGCGAGGAGGAGCGGAGCGGCAGCCAGACUGAGUCAGAGGAGGAGAGCUCAGAGAUGGACGAUGAGGACUACGAGCGGCGUCGCGGCGAGUGCGUCAACGAGAUGCUGGACCUGGAGAAGCAGUUCUCGGAGCUAAAGGAGAAGUUGUUCAGGGAACGGCUGAGUCAGCUGAGGGUGCGGCUGGAGGAGGUGGGGGCCGAGAGAGCACCCGAAUACACAGAGCCUCUGGGGGGGCUGCAGCGGAGCCUCAAGAUCCGCAUUCAGGUGGCAGGGAUCUACAAGGGCUUCUGUCUGGACGUGAUCCGGAACAAGUACGAGUGUGAGCUGCAGGGAGCCAAACAGCACCUGGAGAGUGAGAAGCUGCUGCUCUACGACACCCUGCAGGGGGAGCUGCAGGAGCGGAUCCAGAGGCUGGAGGAGGACCGCCAGAGCCUGGACAUCAGCUCCGAGUGGUGGGAUGACAGACUGCACGCCAGCAGCGCAAGGACCUGGGACUCCCUGCCGCCCAGCAAGAGGAAGAAGGCUCCUCUCGUGUCUGGUCCUUACAUCGUGUACAUGCUGCAGGAGAUCGACAUCCUGGAGGACUGGACGGCUAUCAAAAAGGACCAUGACCCUGCCGUUCAGAGCCAAGGGGCCCCUUGGAGCAGCUGGCAGCAAAGCCAGGAUUCACAGUUUCCUGCUGUAAGAAGGCAGACUGACAAGCCCCUCAGGGUCUGUCUAGCCAGCUCUCCGGGGCUGCUGCUGGACCUUCCCCUCCAGCCAUCACUGCUCUGGACUCCUCUCUCCUCCUCGGGGGUCUGCACAGCUGUGGCCCAGAGCUGCCCUAGCCAGGCAAGACUGUCUCCUCCGUCCCCAGUGAGCGCACCACCUCUCCCUCCCAAAGGUCAGCUUCCUUGGUGCCCUCCUAGACAAAGACGACGUGGCUCGUCUUAGGCCAAAGCAACAUCCUUCCUGCUGACCUUGGACCAGUCGCUGAGCCAGCGAGCUGGGCCGCACUUUGUGGGAACUCUGAGCCAGAAGUUGUAUUUUCGGGGCCUGUCUCUCCUGGCUGUUGUUGGAGGUGAGAAGGCAGGCUCCCCGGGUCUCCUCAAGGAGGUUCUUGGUGUCUCCCAGACUUCAGGGACUGGAAUUAAAACCUUUCCUGGAACUCUG